CGUACCUCCAUGCAUGCUUUGAGAAUUGAACAAAUUUGAAUAUGCAUCCAGUACAUGAUAUGUUUCGAAUCUCACGGUCAGCGGAAGCAGCGAAACGAUGCUCGAAUCAAGUGGGACCUUGGCCAUAAAACUGACCCCAGCAUCCCUAUCCUUCUCGCUAUGCUCACAAGUACCAUCAAUCUUUAAUCACUCGUUUUUUAAUACCCUCCUUGGAAUCUGCUUAAAUGAGGCUUGGUCUCACAAUCUCCCGUUUAGCGGCGGCCGUCGUGUGCAACUUCGCCAUACGCAGCAGCGCAGAGCCCUCUUUUGAUUCAAAAUUUUCUGCGAGCGACUUGAGCGCGCUUCAACAACUUUUGCAACAAUAUGCUGACAAGUUAGCUGCCGCCGAUUUCCAAGGGGCAUGGUCACUAUUGGCCCCAAAUGCCAAGGUCACCUUCACCAACAAACUCUUGGGAGGAACUCCUGAGACGGCAAGCACUCAAGCGGAAUUUGUUGCAAUCUAUAAAAAAGCUAGCUUUGAGGGAAAACUCACCCAGAGCUUGUCAAAGGCCACCCUCCUCUCCACAUCCCCAUUCUCGGUUCAGUUGGAUGGAACCGUCAGCACUGAUAAGGGGCCUCUUCCCAAUACGCCUGCCACUUUUCUAACCAAAUGGGUUUUUAACGGUGAUCAUCCUGGCCCUGGAAAGAUUGUUUCUGUGGAUGAUCAGAUUGUGAGCCUUGCGAGCAGCACUCCCAGUUCGAAUGCGCAAACUUCGUCUCCUUCCAGCUCGCCCAGUACUUCGCAAGUUCCAAAUCAAUCGCCCGUCAAGGCCGCCCCAGCUCCAAGUGCCGCGACCUCAGCACAGAGUGGAGGUAAGAUUGCACCUGUGCAAAAUCCAUCACCUGUCAAGGCUGCUCCGGUUCCGAGUGCUGCAACCUCAGCACCGAGUGGAGGUAGUG